CUGCCCGAAUCGGCGGCAGGAAGAUGGCGGCGCUCAUCCUGCUCAGCCAGCAGUUUUCUGCUGGGAUUCCACUGUAUGAAACUUAUUACAAACAGGUAGAUCCAACAUACACGGGGAGAGUUGGGGCAAGCGAAGCUGCGCUGUUUCUUAAGAAGUCUGGUCUGUCUGAUAUUGUCCUUGGAAAGAUAUGGGAUUUGGCUGAUCCAGAAGGUAAAGGGUACUUGGAUAAACAGGGCUUCUAUGUGGCAUUGCGCCUCGUAGCGUGCGCACAGAACGGCCAUGAGGUUAACCUGAGCAGCCUGAACUUGACUGUGCCACCUCCUAAAUUUCAUGACACCAGCAGUCCCUUGCUGAUCACCCCGCCUUCAACGGAGACUCACUGGGCUGUUAGGGUGGAAGAAAAAGCAAAGUUUGAUGGUAUUUUUGAAAGCCUUUUGCCAGUAAAUGGUUUACUUUCAGGAGACAAAGUAAAACCAGUUCUGAUGAAUUCAAAGCUACCUCUUGAUAUCCUAGGAAGGGUCUGGGAUCUCAGUGAUAUUGAUAAAGAUGGUCACUUGGACAAAGAUGAAUUCGCUGUGGCAAUGCAUUUGGUUUAUAGAGCUCUCGAGAAAGAGCCAGUUCCUUCACUGUUACCCCCUUCUCUCAUACCACCUUCUAAAAGAAAGAAGACACCUGUCUUUCCUGGUGCAGUUCCUGUUCUCCCUGCAAGUCCUCCUCCAAAAGACAGCCUGCGUUCUACCCCAUCUCAUGGUAGUGUAAACAGUCUGAACAGCACGGAGAGUUUGUCUCCCAAGCACAGCAUCAAACAAGCACAGCCAUCUGUGAAUUGGGUCGUGCCAAUGUCUGAGAAAGUGCGAUACGAUGACAUUUUCGUAAAAACAGACACAGAUAUGGAUGGUUUUGUGAGUGGCCAAGAAGUAAAGGACAUUUUUAUGCAUUCAGGUCUGUCUCAGAAUCUCCUAGCACAUAUAUGGGCUUUGGCAGAUACAAGACAGAUAGGAAAGCUAAGCAAAGAUCAGUUUGCACUAGCAAUGUAUCUCAUUCAACAGAAGGUCAGUAAAGGGAUCGAUCCUCCACAAGUGUUGUCCCCAGAUAUGAUCCCUCCCACAGAGAGGAAUACGCCCAUACAGACUCUGUCAGGUUACUUGACUCCUGUAGGAACUGAAAUCUCAGCACUAACAGAAAUGCGUCGUGAUAGUUCAAGUUCUGUUGGAUCAGGAGAAUUUACAGGGGUGAAGGAGCUAGAUGAUAUUAGUCAAGAAAUUGCACAGCUGCAGAGGGAAAAAUAUUCUCUGGAGCAAGACAUUAGGGAAAAGGAAGACUCAAUUAGACAGAAAACGAAUGAAGUUCAGGAGCUGCAAAAUGAUUUAGACAGGGAGACAAGUAACUUGCAAGAGCUUGAGGCUCAGAAACAAGAUGCCCAGGACCGCCUGGAUGAAAUGGACCAACAGAAAGCCAAACUGAAGGAUAUGCUGAAUGAUGUAAGGCAGAAAUGCCAGGAGGAAACACAGGUGAUUUCAUCGCUGAAAAUGCAGAUUCAAUCUCAGGAAUCAGAUUUAAAAUCACAGGAAGAUGAUCUUAAUAGAGCAAAAGCAGAGCUGAAUCGCCUCCAGCAGGAAGAGACACAGUUAGAGCAGAGUAUCCAGGCUGGGAAAGUGCAGCUUGAAACAAUAAUCAAGUCUUUAAAAUCAACACAGGAAGAAAUAAACCAGGCAAGAAGUAAACUUUCUCAACUUCAGGAGAGCCAUCAAGAAGUCAGUAAGAGUAUAGAAGAAUAUAAUGAAGCUCUCAAUGGGGUUAAUGGUGGUAGCCUGACAAAUUUAGCAGACAUAAGUGAAGGCCUUGGGCAGACAGAAAGAAGCAAUUAUGGAGCAAUGGAUGACCCAUUCAAGAGUAAAGCCUUGAUGUUCACCAAUAACACGCAAGAAUUGCAUGCAGACCCAUUCCAGUCAGAGGAUCCUUUCAAAUCUGAUCCAUUUAAGGGAGCAGACCCUUUCAAAGGCAGUGACCCAUUCCAGCAUGAUCCUUUUGCAGAGCAGCCACCUGCUCCAGCAGAUCCUUUUGGAGGUGACCCAUUUAAGGAAAGUGAUCCAUUUCGUAGUUCUGCCCCUGAGGAUUUCUUCAAGAAGCAGGUGAAGAGUGACCCGUUCACAUCAGAUCCAUUCACAAAGCCCUCCAUUUUACCCUCAAAGCCUGACCCUUUUGAAAGCAGUGAUCCUUUUACCUCUUCCAGUGUCUCUUCAAAAGGUCCAGAUCCAUUUGGAACAUUGGAUCCAUUUGGAAGUGGCGCUUUCAGUAGUGGCGAAGGAUUUGCAGACUUCAGUCAGAUGUCAAAGUCAGUAGCUUCAGACCCCUUCACCUCCUCGUUUGGAGGAAUGGGAUUCUCAGAUGACCCUUUCAAAAGCAAAUCAGACACACCAGCAUUACCACCGAAGAAAAAUGUCCCUCCACGACCCAAGCCACCCAGUGGUAAAAGCACUCCUGUCAGCCACCUUGGGUCUUCAGAUUUUCCCAAGCCCCAUGAUCCAUUCCAGCCAUUUGGGGCUGACAGCAGUGACCCGUUUCAGAGUAAAAAGGGGUUUGGGGACCCAUUUAGUGGAAAAGAUCCAUUUGCUCCCUCCUCUUCAAGUAAAACUUCUAAAGACUCUUCCUUGGGGUUUGCAGACUUCAGCUCUUUUGGAAAUGAAGAGCAGCAGCUGGCUUGGGCAAAGCGUGAGAGUGAAAAAGCAGAGCAAGAAAGACUGGCUCGGCUGUGGAGACAGGAGCAAGAAGACCUGGAGCUGGCCAUUGCGCUCAGUAAGGCCGACAUGCCGAGCUCGUAGGGCUGCUGCGCUCCUCCCUGGCCGAGGGGAACCUUUAAACGCUGCUUCAAAAGAUCCUCAACUCCUGUUCUGUUGUGAAAAUAAUUCUAGUCACUUCAACUCCAUACAGGACUGCCUGGUUCGAUGCAGCUGGGCUCUGCGCGGCUUUUCCAGGGCGUGAAAUGCAGGAAAUACUGUAUUAUAUGUUCUAGGUAAAAUUACUGCUUGUAAGGAACUUAACAGGAUCUUAAGAUACUGAAAACAAAGUUUCUUUGUCUUGAAGACAACGUUGCAUAUAGUAAACUGCACCUUGUGGAUCUGGCUUUUACCUGAUUGGUUUUGGAGGCUGCAGUACAAAUUUCAAAGAAAAGGUGAUAAGAAGAUAUUUAUAGAAUUAGCUUUCACUUGCUGAGUUUAUUUAAUUAUUCCUGGUAGGCUGAUGAGUGCGUUAUCUAUGUCAAAGUCUUCAGCACAAAUUCAUUAUUAGGUGGUCCCUUUUUAUCCCAGAUAUAUGGCCUUUCUGAAAGAAUCUGGCAAUUUAUAUAUGAUGGAUACCAAUAUAGAUAGUAUCAAGUGCUCCAAAUUUAAGAACUCUGUGAUUUAGGAGGUUUUCUUAUUUAAACACUUGUUUGCAUUGGAUUUUAAUUGUAGGUGACAUUGUAAAAGAUGGACUUAAUUGUUGUAGUAAGUUGGAGAAGUGAUGGGUUGGCAAUUGAGUGACCAGGUAAAAUCUUGCUUUAUCUCAUAUGCAGAUGUGAUUACGGACUGUGGUAAAGGUUUGAGUGCUUCUUUCAUAUAGAAUCAAACAGCUGAAUGCUCAGCAAGCUCCAGCUGAGUUCUGCCCUGCAGCUCAUCGUAGGUUGGCUCCAUUUGCCAGAGCAAAUCUGUCAUCCCUCUGAUGUGUGUGAGAGCCUCUACCUCUGUUCCUUGAAUUCCACCUGUCUUAUUUAUGGGGUUACAGAUCAAAUACUGCUUAGCUGUGAUAAGGCCAGGCUCAAACGGAUGUUACUUGCAACACAUUCAUGCAUAACUUGUGGAAGUCCUGUAGUCUGGAUUGGCUUUAAAGUGUGGCUGAGGUACUGAGUGCUUCCUCCUGGUAAGGGCAGCAAUGUAUUUUGUGUGUCUGAUUUAAAUAAGUCCUUACGAUAAAUCUGUGAAUUAUGUGCUUACUAAAAUGCCUUUUCUGGUCACCACAGGAAUUCUGAGGCUUCAGUUAUCUUCACCUUGGCCUCCAUGUCUAACAGUGCAGAAGGCAGGCGCUCGAUGCUCUUUGUUCUUCCUGAUGCAGCCUUUCUCUUGUAACGUUCUCUGGAAGAUGUGCUGUUCCUUCACCCUCAUUGGUGCAGUUACAUUUUUCUGCCCUCGCUUCCUUCCUUUCAUUUUUCCUAACACAAUGACAGUGCCUGCUUACUGAACGAAGGCCAUCUUUCCCCGUUCUGUUGUAACUGCCUUAUUCUUGAUGCUUUCCUUCACAGAGAUAAUCAGAUUGGAUUAUUAAUUAUUAAUCUUAUUGGUGGUUCUGAGCGUUGGUUGUCUGAGGUGCGAAGGGCUGA